AUGGCCGGUUCAUCAUAUGAAAAUCAUAUUAUUCCUGUUGCUGCCAGCGUUAUUGCUGUAGUGGUUGGUGCAGCCAUAAUUCACUAUUUGAUUAAUAAGAAGGCGGCAAAGAAGCCCCGGCCAGAACCAAAUAGAACCGUGCGCUUGCGCACUUUAGUCGACGCUAACGAUAAGUAUCAAUUGCCUUUGAUUGAAAAGGAAAUCAUCAGUCAUGAUACCCGUCGCUUCCGCUUUGGUUUGCCAUCUCACCAGCAUAUACUAGGUGUGCCAGUUGGUCAUCAUAUUCACCUGAUAGCUACUAUCGACAAUGAUUUAGUCACACGUCCCUACACCCCAAUUUCGUCAGACGACGAUGUCGGUUAUGUGGACCUUGUAAUAAAGAUUUACUUCAAAGAUACACAUCUUAAAUUUCCAGCUGGCGGAAAAUUGACGCAGCAUUUAGAAAAAAUGAGAAUCGGGGAUAAAAUCUCGGUUUGUGGGCCAUCGGGUCGUUUACAAUAUACGGGCAACGGGAAUUUCUUGAUUAAAAAGUUGCGCAAAGGUCCUCCGAAAACAGCAACAGCCAAACGAGUGAAUAUGAUUGCGGGCGGUACAGGUAUUACCCCCAUGCUGCAGUUAAUUCGUGAUAUAUUGAAGCGAGGCGAAAAGGAUGCCACUGAACUGGCUUUACUAUUCGCUAAUCAGAGUGAGGAGGAUAUCCUCCUACGUAAUGAAUUGGAUGAUUUAGCACAAAAACAUUCAAAGAAAUUUAAAGUUUGGUACACUGUUGAUAAAGCCGUUGAAGGCUGGCCGUAUAGCAUUGGCUUUGUCAAUGACGAAAUGAUUAGGACGCAUCUCUUUCCGGCCAACGAGUCUACCUUUGUGUUGAUGUGUGGCCCCGCGCCUAUGAUUAACUUUGCCUGCAAUCCUGCUCUAGAUGCGCUUGGUUAUCAUCUUAACGCCAGAUUUGUUUAUUAAAGACGCUCUUGUCAUGCGUUCAGAUUACUUGUUGAAGUGAAGCCGUACGUCUCCUGCGAAUACCUUAUACUGC